CGAGGCUCGGGGACGUCUCUGCAGACUUGAGGUACGGCCUGCACCGCGCAGCCCCCGCGCGCCCAGGUCCCCGCUCUUUGCGGAACAGUCGCCUACCUUUUUUGCAUGCAGAGACUCACAGUUCAGAAGGCCAAGAUGUUCAACUCAAGGGUACUUGCCGUGAAUCAUAAGAAAAUAUCCAGUAUGCACAUUAAUAAUAUGUGUUUCUCUAAAAUAAAAGCAAGUUUAAAAAGAUUGAAACUACGUGUGCCUCUUGAAAGAAAUUACAGUUCCCUACCAGGAAAUGAUACCAAAUCACUUCACUCUAUCAUCAGUCCUCCUAUAGAUAAAAUUCGUAAUAUUGGAAUCAUGGCUCAUAUUGAUGCAGGCAAAACUACCACCACAGAAAGAAUUUUGUACUAUUCUGGAUACACAAGAUCACUGGGAGAUGUUGACGAUGGAGACACAGUAACAGAUUUCAUGGCUCAAGAAAGAGAAAGAGGCAUUACAAUUCAAUCAGCGGCUGUUACAUUUGAUUGGAAGGGGCAUAGAGUCAAUUUAAUUGAUACACCAGGUCAUGUGGACUUUACCUUGGAAGUUGAACGUUGCCUGAGAGUGUUAGAUGGUGCAGUGGCUGUAUUUGAUGCCUCUGCUGGUGUAGAGGCACAAACUCUCACUGUAUGGAGACAAGCUGAUAAACACAAGAUACCUCGAAUUUGUUUUUUAAACAAGAUGGAUAAAGCUGGAGCAAGUUUUAACUAUGCAGUUGAAAGCAUCAGAGAGAAGUUGAAAGCCAAACCUUUGCUUUUACAGUUGCCAAUUGGUGAAGCCAAAACUUUCAAAGGAGUGGUAGAUGUAAUAAAUAAAGAAAAACUAAUUUGGAAUCCCAAUUCAGCUGAUGGAAAAGACUUUGAGAGAAAACCUCUCUUGGCACAAAAUGAUCCUAAAUUGCUGAAGGAGACAACUGAAGCAAGGAAUGCCUUAAUUGAACAAGUUGCAGAUUUGGAUGAUGAAUUUGCUGACUUAGUUCUAGGAGAGUUUAGUGAAAAUUUUGAUUUGCUACCAGCUGAAAAGCUGCGGACUGCGAUACACAGAGUAACUCUGGCUCAGACAGCAGUGCCUGUGCUGUGUGGAAGUGCCCUGAAGAACAAAGGUAUUCAACCUUUGUUAGAUGCUAUUACUGUAUAUUUGCCUUCACCUGGAGAGCGCAACUAUGACUUUCUGCAGUGGUAUAAGGGCGACUUAUGUGCUUUGGCAUUUAAAGUUCUCCAUGAUAAACAGCGAGGACCACUGGUGUUUAUGAGAAUUUACUCAGGCACAAUAAAACCCCAGUCGGCUGUUCAUAAUAUUAAUGGAAACUGCACGGAGAGAAUAAGUCGCCUGCUUUUGCCAUUCGCUGACCAACAUAUAGAAAUCCCGUCACUGACUGCUGGUAACAUUGCUUUGACUGUUGGACUUAAACACACUGCCACUGGAGACACCAUUGUUUCAUCCAAGUCCAGUGCAUUAGCUGCAGCUCGGCGAGCCGAAAGAGUUGGAGAGAAGAAGCAUAGACAAAGCAGUGAAGUGGAGAGACUGGUACUGGCGGGAGUGGAGAUUCCAGAGCCUGUUUUCUUCUGUACCAUAGAACCCCCUUCAGUGGCUAAGCAGCCAGAUUUGGAUCAUGCGUUGAAAUGCCUUCAGCGUGAAGACCCCAGUUUAAAAGUGAGACAGGAUCCUGACUCUGGACAGACUGUCCUUUGUGGAAUGGGAGAGUUACAUAUCGAGAUUAUUCAUGACCGAAUCAAGAGGGAAUAUGGACUGGAAACCUAUCUAGGACCUCUCCAGGUGGCAUACCGAGAGACCAUCUUAAAUUCAGUUUGUGCCACAGAUACAUUAGAUAGAACUUUGGGAGACAAACGGCAUCUUGUGACUGUAGAACUGGAAGCAAAGCCAGCUGAAACCCCAUCUGCUGUGCCAGUUAUUGAGUAUGCUGAGAGUGUCAGUGAAGACCUUCUGAAGGCUUGCCAAGAGGCCAUUGAAAAUGGAAUUCACAGCGCCUGCCUCCAAGGACCAUUGCUUGGAUCCCCAGUUCAAGAUACAGGAAUUACUUUACAUUCUCUGACCAUUCAUCCUGGUACCUCCACCACUAUGAUUUCUGCCUGUGUCUCAAGAUGUGUACAGAAGGCUCUGAAAAAGGCUGAUAAACAAGUUUUAGAGCCCUUGAUGAAGCUAGAGGUUACAGUAGCUGGAGAUUAUCUCAGCCCUGUCCUGGCAGAUCUGGCACAAAGAAGAGGGAACAUUCAGGAGAUCCAGACACGUCAAGACAACAAAGUUGUGACUGGGUUUGUUCCCUUGGCAGAAAUUAUGGGUUAUUCAACUGUGCUCCGAACACUAACCUCAGGCUCAGCUACUUUUGCCUUAGAACUGUCUAAUUAUCAAGCCAUGAACCCUCAAGAGCAAAGGGCACUGCUCAACCAGAGAAGUGGCUUGAGCUAAAAUCUCAAGUCCUUGAGAAUGAAGAGAAAUUCAAGAGUACCUGCGUAUUUCAUUUUGAGUAAGAACAUUUUUUAUUGCUUUACUGAUUAUCGAAGAUACUACUAUUUGUUUAUCCAAAGGACUACAUAAAAAAAAAUAUAACUUGAACACAGACAAUGGCACUGGGACUUUUUGUUCUAUUUUUAUAUAGCAGCAUUAAAAAUUACUGUAUCUGAAUUAUAUUGUUUCUAUGGAAUAUGGAAGAAGUGGUUAAGAGAACAAAGGAUCUCCGACUCUGGGCACAUCUUUUCGAUUCCACCGUUCUUCCUGAACUAACAUAUGCCUCAGAGACCUGGGCCCUACGCAAACAGGAUGAGAACGUUAUUUGGAUAUCCCAAAGAGGAAUCGAAAGAGCUAUGCUAGGAGUAUCAUGUCUCACUCAAGUGAGAAAAGGAAUUCGGAGUUCUGACCUCCGUCAACGGUCAAGAAUCAGGGAUGCUGUCUCGUUUGCCAAGGCAUCGAAAAUCAGAUGGGUCGGUCAUGUAAUGCGAUUCAAAGACAACCGCUGGACUAGAGCUGUUACCGACUGUAUUCCACGGGACGUCAGAAAAUCUUGUGGCCGCCCACCAACUAGAUGGUCAGAUUUCUUCAUCAAAUCCCUGAAUGAACGAUUUGAGGCUCCGCCUGUUCCUGGAGUGGGCAGAUAUCAUUGGGCUGCACUGUGCGACAGGGACAAAUGGAGACAUUACUGGCUCCCGCUCGAGUAAAUCGAAGAUCAACGGGUCAGCAAGUGAUACAGGUGAUACAAGUGAUGGAAUUGGUACUACUAGUAAUAAAAAUUUAGCCCUCAACAUGAUAUCAGAAGGUUGUUGUUUCUUUUAAUGAAUCUCUCAAAACAGGAUGCUAAGAAUGCUUAUGAAAUAGACAAAUAUUUAAACUUUCAAUAAGUGUUUAUUCCAAAGAACAUAAUUGCAAAUAAAGUUGUUUAUAGUAGAGAUUGCUACUGGUAUUUUUCCCCUUCUAUUUUUCCUUUUCAAUUUUUUUUUUCUUUUUUGGGCUGUACCCAGUGAUGCUCGGGAUUACUCCUGGCUUUGUACUCAGAAUUAUUUCUGGUGGUGCUCAGGAGACUAUAUGAGAUCACACCUGGGUCAGCUACAUGCAAGACAAGCGCUACCCACUGGCCCCCAGUUUCUCUCUGUUUUUACUCUUUGAACUGAUGGUCACAGUAUCCAACAGAAACAGGUUGUGCAGUGAUUCCACGUCUGGAAAAAUUGAAAGAAACCAGUGUGAAUUAAAAAUGUUUUAGAUUAAUAAAACUCAUCUCCAUGUUAAUCAUUAAGAAUCACUGAGUCAUAGCAUUAAUCUGAAGAGAUUCAGGAAGAAUUCAAAAGAUCUAUUGUAUUAAAAUCCUAUUUUGUAGAAAAAUUUUUGUACAGAGAAACAGAUAUAACUUAUCCACAAAAUAAAAGAUUGCUCUUGAUUUCUCUUAUUUAAAUCACUACUUGGAUGUACUUUAUGCAAAACCCCAAAUGUCUAAGAAGCUUGCCUAUACUAAAGGAGGAGAUUAAAAAUAAUGUGCAGUUUUACAGUGUCUGAGCUUGAAAGAGACAUAUUUGUCCUACCUGACCAUUCUGCAGCGGUGAAUGGUCAGUCUCUUAGAAGCAUCAAGUAGAUCACGGACCUCUUUUUGACUCCAGAGUCUUUCACCAACUGCACUUGCCCGAGGCCUAAAAUUAAAACCACACAUUCCUAAAGAAGUUUGACUUCAUGUUUUCUAGGGACUGGUCUAAGUCCCACUAAAAAUUUGCCCAAAGCAAAUUUUAGUGCUCUCCUACUUGGAUAGAAAAAGAAAGAUACAUAUACCAUAAUGUCGGUGUGAGGUUAGUUCCAUCCACAUAUUCUCCCCACAGACAGGCUUCUCCGCCAAUGACCAGCUGUUUCUGUGUCUGAGAACCUACAUAAAAAUCAGUAAAUUGAUGUCAGUUAAGAAGCAGCAACUCAAGAUGACAUAUACAGAGGCAACAGGAAUUGCUUCUGCUGCCAACCCAAGUCAGGAUUUCUCACCCAAAGUCAGCAGGAAGGACCUGAGCGAUGAUGUUCACGGCUGAGCACAAUAAAAGGAGCAUGAAAUUUUUCCCCACCCCCAAGCCCAUGGAUCACACAGUGCUUAGUAGCAAAUGUUGACUAAGGGGCAGGCAUUACAAGUCUGUAGAUGAAAUUUAUCACAGGUACCCCAAACAUCACUCCUCCACGUGUUCCUCCCACCUGACAUCCCUUUCCCUCCAGUAACCAGCAUGGGUUUCAGUGAGUCUAGCACUUAGUUCUGUUAUGUUUUGCCAGUUGGUUGGCUUUAGAUACUUAUAAACCACAUAUGGUGAAACCCUGUGAUAAUGGCCUUUCACUUCCUUCCUUCUUUCAAUUAGCAGAAUUGCCUCAUUCCAUCUAUUUUAUCCCAGAUGGUACAAUGUUAUCUUUUCUUCAGCAGAAUAGUAUUCCACCGAGUAUAUGCAUCUCCGUCUUCUCUAUCCAGUCACUGUCAUUGGCCAUUGGGGUUGAGUUCAUGCUUCGGUUAUUGUGAAUACUUUAUGCAGUGGACAAAGGGGUGCAAGUACCUGCUUAUUCCAGCCUUAUGAACCAUCUCUAGCUCUUUUUACCAGCAUGUUCUUUUUCUCUGAGUGAGCCUACCCAGGUGUUUAUUAACCAGCCAGCAUCUGGAUGAUAUGUACAUUUGUACUGCCUAAGUCAGACGAACAGCUCUUCUUGUCACUGUUGUUCUGCAUGCUCUUUUUAUUUCUGUUUCAUUUAUUUCUGCUCAGCUUUUCAUUAUUUGUUUUAGAAACCCUGACAUUUGGUUCUGUUUAUUCCUUGUUUUUCUAGCUGCUUCAGGUUUAUGGUUAGUUGAUGAAUUUGAGAAUUUUCUGGCUUAUUUAUCUGGGCCAGUAUUGUGUAGGCUGCAUGCUACCUACUCUGCUAUCUCUCCAGCCCAUGAAUUUUCAUCUUACUGCUGUUUUUAAUAUAUCCCUUAAGGUGUGAUUUAUCGUGUUUUAGUUUUCAUUUUUUCUAAUUUUUUUCUUUUGAUUUCUUGACUCAAGAGUUACUCAGAAGCGUAUUGUUCGGUGUCUAUGUGGUAGAAAAUUUACCCGUCAUCUUUUUAUUG